AUGAGCGAAGAGAUAAAUUCAUUUACUAGUAGUGUUUUAUCUGAUAAUCCAAUGAUGAGUGAAUAAGAUGCACAAUUAAUAGUUCAAAGUUAUAAUUCAACUAUUCGUAUAUUUAAGUAUAUAUAUUACAGAAUCACUUGUUAAAGAGAAUGAUGUUUUACAAAAGAAACUUGAUGAAUAUGUUCAAAAUGAAAAAGAAGAAGAGUAAAAAUUAUAAUAAACAAAACAGCAAUACGAAAAAUAAAUAACAAGAAUGGAAAAUCUAAAACAAUAAUAAUUGUAAAUAGAUUAGGAAAGAGAGUAAAUAUUUACUAAUUCAAUAUUUGAAUAAUAAAAAUAAUUGGCUCCAAAUGCAGUCAAUUAUUUGUAUGAGUUUCUACAUCAAGAUUAAAAACAGCCUUCUCAUACAAAUAUAAUUCAUAACUAAGGAAUGGACACUCAAAAUUCAUUAAUGCAAUUUGAUGAAGAUAUAUCUCCUAAAAUAGAAUAAAAUGAUCCUUAAUUAUUGAAAGAUUUACAUUAAUAGAAAGAAGAACUAGGAAAUUAAAAAAAUUAACUCAUUUCAUAAAUAUUAGAAUCAAUAGCCAAAUAUGCUGAAUUACAAUUAUAAAAAUGUUCUAAAAAAGAGUGCUAAUAAUGUCAUCUAUUAUACAAUCCAAGAACCAAUUAUAUAGUAUUAAUUUAUACAAAUUAUUAUAGGAUUCCUGUCUAUUUCAUAGUGGUAAAUUAAAAUUUUAUUCAUGUAAAAAAUGUGGAGCAGAUGAUUACUAUACUUGUUGUAAUAAAUGUAUUAGAUGUAGUGAAGGAUGUAAAACUAAUUUCCAUCAACCAAAACCAUGAU